AUUGUGAGAGCUUUCUGCAACCACAUCAGCUUUUUUGGUUUGCGAGUCAGAUCAGCAUAGGUGAAGAUGCGUUUUUUUGUUGUGUCUUUGCUGCUGGUGUUUGGUUUUUCUUUCAUCAAGACUGAACUUGUAGAUUCAUUCAGCACAUGCAGUGAUUUCUUUUUAAAUGAACAGCCUCCAGUGAUUCCUGGCAUUCUGGAAAAUUCAACCUCACAGGAUAACAAUCGCUACAAACUAAUCUGUCAGAAAUAUCAAAAUGCUUACAGAUUCGCAACUCUCUAUGACACACAAGAAAAGAUCCCCGUUUUCUCAGCUUACAGAUAUACUGGGAGUUAUAAAGGGAGACCACAUAAUCCAUGGAUGAUUGAGCCACAGCUUGAAACUUAUGGUGCUGCUAUGCGUGAACCAUGUGUCAACCAGGCCUUCCCAGGAGACUACUGGGCACAGAAAUCAAUGACUCAAGCUCAGUUGACUCGCGGUCACUUUUUUCCCAAUUGUCAUGCAGCUGAUCGUAUCACUGCUGAAUCUACAUUCACGCUGACCAAUACUGCACCACAGUAUGACAGCUUUAAUAAGGGUAGCUGGAAUAAAACGGAGAUAACAGUUAGAACUACCAUGAAUUCUCACUGCCGUAACGAAUCUGAUCAUAUCUCGGCGUAUGUGCUGACAGGAGCUGUACCAAGUGGACCAAAGAGUAAACUCUUGAACAAAAGAGUAAACAUUCCCUCAUCAAUGUGGACAGUGUUCUGCUGCUAUAACUCCAAAACCAGCACAUGGGAGUCCCAGGCUCACUGGGCUAAUAACAAAGAUGAAAAAAAUAAGGAAAAUACAAUCAAACCAAGAUCUGUGGAGGAAUUACAGGAGUUUAUGAAGGAAACAUAUGGUUCACUAUCACUGUUUCAUGGUGUUGACUGUUCAAAAAUUUGAAAAAGUAAUAAUUUAUAAAGCAAGAAUAAUACAGGUCCAUUAUUAAAUACAUUGCAGUAUCAGUUUGGACCUGAUUAUCCAGCUAAAUGAUCGCUGAAGCCAUGCACAUAUAAGCUUAAACGCUUGCCAAAAUUUGAAGGUCGUAUAAACAAAUAACAGUAACAGAAUUCUGUUAGUCGCCCUGACCCUGUUAUUUCUUUGACCAUUUUGUAAUGCAAAACAAAUAAAUGCUUUUAAAUCAUGCAGAUUAA